CUGGGAGGGACGCGGCGGGAGGUUGCAGCUGGACACGUGGGGAUGGAGCCGGCUCGGGGCGCCAGGGCCGGGAGGCGGCUGCGGAGGAGCCGGAGGCUGCAGGCGCAGGGGCUAGAGCCGGCGCCCGAGCAACCCCGGGAGGAGCCCAUGGCUCCGCCGGUCAGCCCCGAGGACGGGCAAGCGAGUGCCCCCGGGGAGCCCGGCCGCGGCGAGACCCUGGGGGUGGCCCCGGCCCCGGUUCCUGCCUCGGCCUCUGCCCUGCAGCGACGGAAUUCGGCCAAGAAGGGCAAGGAGGCGCCGGCGAUUCCCAAGGGGAAGCCUAAAUCCGGGCGGGUGUGGAAGGAUCCUGGCAAGAAGCGGUUUUCCCAUAUGAUUCAGGACAAGCCGCUCCGCACCUCCUGGGAGCGAAAGAUGAAAGAGCGCCAGGAGAAGAAAAUAGUCAAGGAUUUUGCCCGGCAUCUCCAGGAAGAAAAACAGAGGGAGCGUGAGGAGAAGAAGCAGCGCCGAGAAGAGAACUUGAAACGACGCCUGGAGAAUGAGCGGAAGGCGGAGAUUGUACAAGUGAUCCGGAAUCCGCUCAAGUUGAAGCGUGCCAAGAAGAAGCACCUGCGCCGGAUCGAGAAGCGGGAUACGCUGGCACUAUUGCAGAAACGCCAGGUGCAGCGCAAAGAGGCCAAGGUGCAGCGCAAAGAGGCCAAGGAGUGAGACUGAAGCGGGGAAGGAAAGAGAGAGUCCAGAUAGUGAAUGAUGCAGUUCUAUUCAUCUUGGCUCUUGUGGAUAUCCGUGGUCACCGGUUUCUGCUGCGGUGGUGUGAAUUCAGAAAUUGUGAAAACAGCAAAGCUCCAGUGGAGUAACCCUAACCCAACUGCUGUCGCUAACAGUAACGUGAGCCUUCCCCUUUACGUUUCCAAAACCAAACAAAAAUGUUGAGAAUUGGGUA